AUGCCGGGCCGUUUGUCGCUCGUGCUGCUCCUCCCGCUCUUCGCGGCGCAGGCGGCGACGGCCGCUGUCACGUCUUCGCCUGUCCCGCGAGUUGCCGACUUCUACGGUCGGAACGGCUCGCUCUUCGGCUUGAAUUGGUUCGGCUCGGAGAGCGAGGCGCGGGUGCCCCGUGGCCUCAACCACCGCUCACUCGGCGAGCUGAUGGAGUUUGUGCAGGCCAAUGGCUUCAACGCGCUCCGAGUCACCUUCUCGCUCCAGAACGUGGAGAGCAACGAGCUGACGCCGUCUUCGGCCGCAGCCCACUCUGUGGAGCUCGCCGGCACGGACUACGUCGGCAUGCUCGAGGCGAUCGUGGCGAUGGCGGCGAGGCGCAACCUGCUCGUGCUCCUCGGCUGCCACCGCAUCAAGAGCGGCUACCCGCACGAGUGGCCCGGCAAGUGGAAUGGUCGCUGGACGGACGGGCAGUGGACGCCGUCGCGCGUCCUCGCCGCGUGGUCGGGGCUGAUGAAGCGCGUGUGCCGCGGUUCCAGCCGCCCGUGGAACCUGCUCGGCAUAGACGUGCUCAACGAGCCGUUUGGGCAGGAGUGGGACGACUGGGCGGACGUGGUGCAGCGGGUAGGCAACCACGUUCUGGAGCUGUGCCCCAGCAGCCUUGUCUUUGCGCAGGGCACGGGGAGCCUGCCGCCGAAGGAGAAGGGCGUCCAAUGGGGCGGCAACAUGAUUGGGGCGGGCGAGUUCCCGAUUGCGCUCUCCAACGAAAGCAAGCUCGUCUACGCGCCGCACGUUUACGGCCCGUCGCUCUCGACGCGAAGCCACGCCGAGAAGCCGGAAUACUUCUCGGACGCCGACUUUCCGCAGUCCAUGCGCGACAUCUGGACGCACCACUUUGGCUUUGUCCGCGGGCAGACCGGCGCACCGCUCGUGAUCGGCGAGGCAGCCGCUGCCUUGGCCAACCGCGGCAAGCCCUGGCUGGAGGAGCUCAUCCGCUGGGCGACCGAGGAGCACCUCGGAAUCUUUUACUCUGCCCUGAGCCCGGAGGCAGGCGGAGUGGGCGGCGUACUCCUCGACGACUGGACCACGCCCGAUGUGGGCAAGCUUGGGCUGCUGCGAGCGCUGCCGGCCACUAACGUCAUCACUCCAAAUCGGUGCUUCGAGAUCCAGGAGCGGGAGGACUGCGAGAAAGCCAUGACGGCCGCGUCAGCCAAGGGGAUGCUCGUCUGUGUCUGGGCACCAGUAAUGGCAGGCGAGCCAAUCCAAACACGCUGCACGGCCGGCGCACUGGCCCUGCUGGUCUACAAUUGCGGGUGGUGUGGCAACUCCUGCCGCCCAAAGAAGGAUGGGUGGGCCGUGGUUGCGCAGGGCGCACAGCAGUCGCUGGUACAGGAGAGCCGCUUCCUCCGUCGGGUUCCGGAGGCAGUCUACCACGCGAUUGUUCAGGAGCGCAGGCGGGUCAUCAAUGGCGACGACCUCGCGACCGAUGCCGAGGAAGUUGAGAAGGGCAGCAAGGCGCAGCAGCACGCGCACCGGGAAGCGGAGCUGUUGCACGACACGCUGCUGCAGGUGGUGCUACCAGAGCCAGAGGUACCUAAGAUGGAAUCUCCAGAAUGCUUGCCCGGCUCCUCGCCCGCAGAGCCACCGCCCGUGGCGUUGCCGGAUCCACCGCACCCGUUGCCGCCCGGACCGCGCGUCGAGCAGCCUCAAAGUGAGGUGGAGCCGCCCUCCGACAAGCCGCGUCGCCGCGUGGCACGGCAGCCUUCCAAGGCGCCACGAAGGAAGAAGCGAAAGGACGAACCGGCACCUGGCGCCAGGUCGGAUGCACCAACCCGACAUGCGGGCGAUGGCACGGCGGCGGCGCCUGCGACGCUCGCCGGCCAAGGCGGGGACGUUUCUACCAGACGCGAGAGCUUGCGAGCAGAGGCGACCGUCGCGUUCGAUGGACGAUACCUGACUGUUGCGGUGACAACGGCGUCGGGUCACCGAGAGCCGGGGGAGGGCAGCGACGAGGAGAGCGAGCUCGCGCGCUUUGGGCGCGUCGUCAACACCUUGCUCGUGGACGUGGAGCACGCCGCCCGGCUGGCUGAGGUGAGGAGCAGCAUCUCGUCGGCCCUGGAGGACGCGGACCUACCCGAGCUCCACGACGCGGGCUGCGGCCCGCCGGUGCUAUGGUACCUGCGGGAGGGCAGCAGCUCUGGGUCCAUCGUCAACACUUCGACGCAAGUGAGCGCGCUGCUCAAGGCCCGCCGGGUCUGGCUUGCGCCGCAGAGCAUCCCGCCGAGCCGGCCCUCCCCUCGCGCCAUCGAGACGGCAAGACCGCCGCCGCCCGAGGCCCAGUCGAGGGCCGACCUGACGAAAGUGCUGAAGAGCGGCGAGUCUGUCCGCAUCUAUCGAGGUCAUGUUCAGGGCAACUCGGCACUCGACUAG